UAAAAUUUGCGAAGGAAGCGAGGACAAAGAGAGGCCGGAUCAAAGAGUACGGAGAAGCCAAUAGGAUGCGGGGUCUCUAAUGGAUGCAAAUGAUCAUGAAAAGACAGUGCAAAAUAUGAAACAACUCAUUUGCAGGGAAGUAAAUCACCGAAAACUGUUUAUGAACUGGCAUCCCUUCUUCGAAAUGUAAAGCGAGGACCUCUUUAAGUGGCGGUAUAUUUUUGUGUGGGGGGUGGGGGGUGGGGGGAGGGCGAGCGAGCCGCGGCUGCCAUGCAGGCUUAGACUUUUGGAGGCUUCGCUGUCCUUUUCUAUUCCUGGAAAUCACAAAAAGUGUGGUGGCUUCGAGAUCUUCUUCGCCUUUUCUUUCUUUUCUUUCCCCCACCUCCUCCCUUCCCGUCUCCUUUCCUGGCGAGGGUGACUAGGAGCCGGCGAAUCCGCGUUUUUUUCUCUCUCUCUCCCUCCCUUUCCCCCUCCCCACCCCCUCCCCAACAGCCCCCAACUACAGCCGCCGCCGCCGCCGCCGCCUCAAAAUUCAAUAAAAUGAGCUCUUAUUUCGUCAACUCACUGUUCUCCAAAUACAAAACCGGGGAGUCCCUGCGCCCCAAUUAUUAUGACUGCGGCUUCGCCCAGGACCUGGGCGGCCGACCCACCGUGGUGUACGGUCCCAGCAGCGGCGGUAGCUUCCAGCACCCGUCGCAAAUCCAGGAGUUCUACCACGGGCCGUCUUCGCUGUCCACGGCUCCCUACCAGCAGAACCCGUGCGCGGUGGCCUGCCACGGGGACCCGGGCAACUUCUACGGCUACGACCCGCUGCAGCGGCAAAGCCUGUUCGGCGCGCAGGAUCCAGACCUGGUGCAGUACGCCGACUGCAAGCUCGCCGCCGCCAGCGGCCUGGGAGAAGAGGCCGAGGGGUCCGAGCAGAGCCCGUCGCCCACACAGCUCUUCCCCUGGAUGCGCCCGCAAGCAGCCGCCGGACGCAGGCGAGGCCGACAGACCUACAGCCGCUACCAGACCCUGGAGCUGGAGAAGGAGUUCCUAUUUAAUCCCUAUCUGACUCGCAAGCGGCGGAUCGAGGUAUCGCAUGCGCUGGGACUGACAGAGAGACAGGUCAAAAUCUGGUUCCAGAACCGGAGGAUGAAGUGGAAAAAAGAGAACAACAAAGACAAGUUCCCCAGCAGCAAAUGCGAGCAGGAGGAGCUGGAGAAACAGAAGCUGGAGCGGGCCCCGGAGGCGGCGGACGAGGGCGACGCGCAGAAGGGCGACAAGAAGUAGGCUCCAGCUGGGACUGCCAGGGCCGCGGCCCCCCUGGGCCGCCGGUCCCCGGACCGCGCCACCGUCGCCCGCCCCCGCCCGAGAGAGCUCUGGCCCCGCGAGCGGGGCCCGGAGCCUGGCCUCCCACCGCAGCGUCCCCGCCGCGCCAGUCCCCGCUAGUGGUAGUAUCUCGUAAUAGCUUCUGUGUGUGAGCUACCGUGGAUCUCCUUCCCUUCUCUUGGGGGCCAGGGGGAAAGAAAAGGAUUUUAAGCAUGGACUCCCUCGCCCUGCGAGGGUGAGCGGCUGCGGCCUGGCUGAGCACCCCCCCCCACGCCCCCGCCCCGUGUAAAAAGCCUCCUUGUGCAAUGGUCUUUUUUUCCUUUGAACGUGCUUCUUUGUAAUGACCGAGGUACCGAUUUCUGCUAAGUUCUCCCAACAACAUGAAACUGCCUAUUCACGCCGUAAUUCUGUCUCCCUCCCUCUCUUUUCUCUCUCUUUCUCUCUCUCUCUCGCCUCGUCCUCAUUUCCCCUCCCACCCACCCCCCUCCCCGCUGUCCUUCCCAGCUCGCUGGCUUUCUCUCUGGCUUCUCUCUUUUCCUCCACGCCCCCCCUCCCCCCGCCCGCCGCUUUGGUUUGACAAUUUCGUCUUAAGUGUUUCUCAAAAGAGGUUACUUUAGUUAGCAUGCGCGCUGUGGGCAAUUGUUAAAAGUGUUCUUAGGUUUACUGUGAAGAGAAUGUAUCCUGUAUCCGUGAAUUGCUUUAUUGGGGGGAGGGAGGGCUAAUUAUAUAUUUUGUUGUUCCUCUAUACUUUGUUCUGUUGUCUGCGCCUGAAAAGGGCGGAAGAGUUACAAUAAAGUUUACAAGCGAG